AAAAUGAACGUAAGAAAAGAAAAUCCAAAGAAGAAAAACGACUUAACAACGCGAUCAACUCUAUCACAGGAAUGGAUCUAAAUGAUAGUGAAUGUGAUGACGAAUCAGAUAAUGAUAUCAAGAAAGAAUAA